CCUCUCUCUGGCAGUGCCUGCUUUCAAUUUAAUAUUCCUUUUUGUAAUUUCCUCUUCCUUGAACUGAAGGCAACGGGUAAACAUGGCGCCGGUCCCUGUGAAAAAGAACAAAGGAUCGGCAGGUAAAAAGCAACACCUUCGUGGCAAGGGUCAAAAGAAGAAAGGUUCAACUAAGUUUACUAUUGAUUGUACACAUCCUGUUGAAGACAACAUCAUGGAUGUUGCAAACUUUGAGAAGUACCUUCAGGAACGUAUCAAAGUAAAUGGCAAGACAAACAAUUUUGGUAACAACGUUACUUUGGAGCGGAAUAAGAUGAAACUUUCCGUGAACAGCGAUGUUGACUUUUCCAAGCGGUAUUUAAAGUAUUUAACAAAGAAAUACCUAAAAAAAAAUAAGCUUCGUGACUGGUUGCGAGUUGUCUCUAAGGACAAGGAAACCUAUGAACUACGAUACUUCCAAAUCAAUAGCCAAGACGACGACGAUGAAGAAGAUGCAGAGUAAAUGGUUUUUCACUUAUCACAAUAAUUUUGAAUAAGUGUACAUAAUUGACUUAAAUAAAUGUCACAAAAAUGACUUCAAUUUUA